UUUCUUACACUUUACAAUGGACCGACUAAUGCCAAAGAGUGUACAUAUGAAAAGUGCAAAUAUGUCCAUGAUAUUGAUCGUUAUUUUGCCGAGAAGCCAGAUGAUAUUGGGCCAUUAUGUCCAGUGUAUUCGACCAAAGGUUUUUGUCCAAGAGGUGUAACAUGCCGUUUUGCCAAAAAUCAUCUUGACGAAAAUCGAAAUAACUGCAAACAAGAUUGGUAUGACGAAGCACAAGCUAACGAUUCUGUGAACCAUAUGUCAUUUGAACUCCAAACAAUGUUACGAAAGCGGACCUAUAACUUCAGUCGCGCAAAAGAGAUUGCGAAAAAACAUUUCAAAAAGAAUAGUGACACCGUCGAAAAAAAGGUAUCACAAUCGAGCUGUACCGGCGAACCAGAGAUAAAAGAUUGCGUUGAUGCUGCAUUGGCUACGACUGAAUCGGUAACAGAAAAGAAACAAGGCUAUUCGUCCGAUUAUGGUGUGAUUAAAGAGCGUGCAGUGGAAAAGCGUAAAGUUGAUUUUAGCAAUAAAUUGGUGCUCAGCCCACUAACAACCGUGGGCAAUCUGCCAUUCCGGCGUAUUUGCAAAGAAUAUGGUGCAGAUAUUACAUGCGGCGAAAUGGCAUGCGUAGUACCAAUUUUGAAUGGAAUAUCACCCGAAUGGGCAUUGGCACGUCGUCAUAAAUCCGAAGACAUUUUCGGAGUACAAUUGUGUGGCAACAAUUCCGAAUUAAUCACGUGUGCUGCACAACUAUUGAAUGAAAAUUGCGACAUAGAUUAUUUUGACCUGAAUAUCGGAUGUCCAAUCGAUUUGAUUUACAGUCAAGGUGCGGGCAGUGCUCUCAUACGACGAACAAAUAUACUUGAAUCGAUUGUACGAUCUUGCUCCGAAGUACUAAAUGGCACACCAUUCACGGUGAAAACACGAACGGGAAUCUAUUCGAAUAAAAGUGUUGCACAUGAAUUGGUGCCAAAAUUCGAAGAGUGGGGAGCCAAAGCUGUCACAAUCCAUGGACGUUCACGCGAACAACGUUAUAGCAAAAAUUCCGACUGGGAAUACAUUGAAAAGUGUGCACAACAAGCAAAAACCAUUCCAAUCAUCGGAAAUGGUGAUGUGCUUAGUUAUGAAGAUUAUCUUGAAUACAAGAAGAUUGCGCCGAGUGUGUCAAGUGUUAUGAUUGGACGUGGAGCGUUAUACAAACCAUGGAUAUUUCAAGAAAUUAAGGAACAACGGCAUAUAGAUCUAAGCGCCAGUGAACGAUUCGAAAUGAUGAGAAAAUAUGUAAAUUAUGGACUUGAGCAUUGGGGAAGUGACACAAAAGGCGUAGAGAAUACAAGACGAUUUUUGCUCGAGUGGCAGUCGUUCUUGCAUCGAUACAUACCAUAUGGAAUUUUGGAGAAUCCACCACAAAAAAUAAAUCAAAGACCAGUAUCGUAUCGCGGCAGAGACGAGAUGGAAACGUUGCUAGCUUCACCAAAUUGUGAAGAUUGGAUAAAACUAAGUGAAAUGCUGCUCGGGAAAGUGCCAGAUGGUUUCAACUUUAUACCAAAGCACAAAGCAAACUCAUUUGCUGAAGCUCAGGGAUAAAGCUUAAAACAAUACUUGACUAUAAUGUAUACACUAUACGUCUAAUAUAGGCAUAGCAUAUAUGUUUAUUGUUUAUUGAAGAGAUUUUAUUUUUAAAUCUCACAGAAGAGAAAUAAAUGAAGACCGAAACUUUA